AUGCCGCUGCAAACGACGGCGGAGUUCUCAUCGCCGGGCGCUACACCCCCUGCGUGGGACGCAGCGGGCAACUCUCUGGCGCGGGACCUCAAGGCCGAUGGCACGACGCCGGGGAGCAUGGGCCCCAGCGCGACGCUUCAGCGGGUUUCGGAGCAGCUGAGCAAGUUUCAGGCGACGUUGCACGAGGAUGCUAAGAACAGGCGCCAGCAGGACGCUGGCCGGAUAAGGAGCAUAACGGAGCGCCUCCAAACGCUCGAGAUUGAGGCGCAGACGGAGGCGCGCCGCCGCGACGAGAGCCUCCGGCAACUUCAGGCCUCCGUGGACCGCCGCGUCGGCGACGUGCGCGAGACGCUCCUGAAAUCGAACCGCGAACUCUCCGAGACGCUUCGGGCCUUCAUGGGCGAGGUCCGCGCGGACAUCUCCGCCCUGCGCGAAGCCAUCGACGACGAGCGCGCGCAGCGCCGCGCGGACGGCCAGGAGCUGGCGCGCGUGGUCCUCGAGCGAGUGGACGUGUGCGCGCGCGCCGUGGAGGAGGAGCGCAGCGCGCGGCUGGAGGCGCACCAGCGGCUCGCGGAGCAGGGCGCGCAGGGCGUCGAGGCGCUCGGGGCGGACCUGCAGCGGGAGGUGGAGGUGCGGGAGGCGGCGAUCGCGAAGCUGCAGGGGGAGGUGCGCGGCGAGGUGAGCGUGGUGAAGGACCGCGACGAGAAGUUCGAACGGUACAUCGAAGGUCAGCUCAACGGGCUGCGGGACGCAGUGGCGGUGGAGGCGCAGGUGCGGCAGACGGAGGACGAGCAGAUCGUCGAGGCCAUCAACCAGUACACGCAGGCCAUGCAGGAGAGCCUGCGCAUUGUGUCGUCGUGA